AUUAAAAUUAUUUAAGUAUUUAUCUUUUCGCAUCUACACACCUAUCCUAUUCUGCUACUGAUACAGAUGAUGUAAAAAUGCUUGCCAUUCAUAGUCGCGAUCCUCUGAUAAUUGUUCCCGCGGAAUACACUGCCGGAAUCAUAUCAGCAACUUCUAUUACAGCAGCAGCCAAUUUUAUUCCUCAAUCUCUCCGACAUCAGAUGUCGUACUCCAGAAGAUCCAGGUACUCCACCUCUCCUUCCUCAUACAGGAGGUACAACCGAUCGGUAUCCAGCUCUCGGUCAAGGUCUAGGUCCCUGUCAAGCACUAGGUCAAGGAGCUAUGAUUCAAGUGAAGUUGAAAAUCCUGGAAACAAUCUCUAUGUGACGGGAUUAUCCCCUCGGGUUACUAAGAGGGAUAUCGAGAAGCAUUUCUCGACUGAAGGGAAGGUGGAAGAUGUCCAUCUUGUAGUUGACCCAUGGUCCCGAGAAUCUCGAGGAUUUGGAUUUGUCACAAUGUCGAGUGUAGAGGAAGCUGAACGUUGCAUCAAGUAUUUAGACCGCUCCGUGCUUGAAGGUCGUGUCAUCAUGGUGGAGAAGGCCAAAAGGCGAAGGGGUCGUACACCAACUCCUGGGAGGUACCUUGGGCUGAGAGAAGCCCGUGGGCGUCGUCGAUCUCCGAGUUAUUCUCCUGAUCGUAGGAGCUUUUCAUCUAGUUACUCAUCUGAACGGGACAGGAGCAGAAGCAGGUCAUACUCCCCCAAUCACUACAGUAGGGGUCGGAGAUCACACUCUUCUUACCAGAGUAGGCGAAGGGGAUCACACUCACCCUACUAUAGGAGGAGACGCGGAUCAGUCUCCUAUUCACCGUCUCGCUCUCCAUACAGCAGAUCCCCGAUAAGCAGACGUGGUUGUUACAGGGACUAUUCUCCUGAUGACCGUUACUACAGGAGAAGCCGCCAUUAUUCUCCUGAUGACCGUUACUACAGGAGAAGCCGCCAUUAUUCUCCUGAUGACCGUUACUACGGGAGAAGCCGCUACCGCUCCUCUUCACGAAGCAUUUCUCCAAGAGGGUAUGGGUAUUCAAGGAGGAGAUAUUCCCGCAGCAUUUCUCCUCCUCACUCUUUCAGGAGAUAUUCACCAAGUGUCUCUACUAGCAUGUCCCCUCCUAGAAGAGGUAGAAGCUACUCUUACAGUCCUGGAUACUCUCAGGACAGCUAUCCUUCUGGGAGCCGUAGUUUGAGUCCAUCUUAUGCAUCCUCCUACUCAAGGUCCCCCUCACCCUAGGCGCGAAUACCUUGUUAGUCAAAUCUAUGAAGGUCUUAGUAGUGUAAUAUCAGUUGCGGGGAUUUAUUGUCUUUAAUUGGUAGUGAAAGAUAGUGUUCCUUAUCAGAUAAAAGGUUGUAUCAUGUAUGGAUUUGUUUGACUUUGGGCCACCCGCUGCUUAUAUUUAUGUUUGAGAUGAAGUUAACUUACUA